GUGCCAGUCCUUUAUUUUCUGUCCCCAUCUGACGUGACUGCGUUUCAUUGCCUAUAGGGAAGCACUUAUGGAAAUGAAGCACAGUCAGACAGCACGCCUGUGUCUUGCCAUAAUCACUACAGACAGAUUGUACACAGUGCGUGUUGGUUGCCAUGGGGCAGUGACUAACAGCAGCUUAUGUUUUCCUUUUUCUCUAUUUAGUAUCUGAUGAGCUCACAGUGCAGCUCCAUCUCUGCAAUAUACAGAGGAGUACAGCACAGGGCUUUCACAGAAGGAGUAAGAUCAGGGGAUGCGGCUUUCAUCUCCAGCCUUGCUCUGGGAUUGAAGAUCUCUCCUGAGCUUGACUGAGGAAGGAUAACAAAGCCCAUUGAUACAUGUUAUGCUACCUUCUAGAUGAGUCUAGGAAUUUCUGGCAAAGCCUGUCUCUCUCGGUCUGAAAGGAGGACAUGUGAAGGUGAACAAUGGCUCCAUGGCAGUGAUUUGCAGAACAACACAAAGAAAUAAACAACAGAAGUCUAACAAUGGCUCGUUGACGUUUACAGCACAAUUGUCUCAGGACAAGGAACUAAUAAAAUACACCAAUAAAUCUUAACUGAAGCUGGACCUUAUUUUGAAGGUUGCCACGUACUCCUACUAUUCAUCCUGAAAUGUGUAUCUACAGUAAAGAAGGACACUUGCCUUGUCGUUACAGGAUUACCUGAAGAACCAAUGUGUUUAGCACCAAGCCGUAAAGAUGAGGUUGACAUGGAACCUAAUGAUGGAGCAGCCUCUGCUUCUGUCAUUGAGCCUAAGGUGGUCAUACCACGUAAGGAGAAAAGAGCACCCACGAUUUACAUUAUAGCAUCGGUAGUCCUCUGGCUAGUAACUGGCACAACCAUAUCUAGCCUGAACAAAUGGAUAUUUGCAGUGUACAACUUUAAGUACCCCUUACUGCUAUCGUCUUUCCACAUGCUUACUGCUAUUCUACUGGAUUAUCCACUGAUAAGGUUUGGCCUGCUGAAUUUAAAGGCAGAAGAAGAAGUAGCACUAAAUGCCAACGCCAGAUUUAAAGUAUUCCUUUUGAGUCUAACUUUCUGCUCCAGCAUUGCCUUCGGAAACCUUGGUCUAAGUUGUGUCCAGCUCUCUUUUGCACAGAUGAUUUAUACCACAACACCUAUCUUCACAUUGGCCCUCUCUAAAGUAUUCCUGGGCAUCAGACACAACACACUUAAGUACACUGCCAUGAUCCCCAUUUGCCUGGGGGCCUGUUUUAGCAUUAUCGGAGAGGUGCAGUUUGACCAGACCGGCUGCUUCUACCUUUUUACUUCAACUUUUCUCAGGGGACUGAAAUCUAUUCAACAAAGUUCACUUCUGAAGGAAGAGAAAAUUCACUCUGUAACACUGCUAUACCUAAUGUCCAUCCCCAGCUUUUGCAUUCUGUUUCUAGCUGCCAUAGUGCUGGAGAGUGGAGUCGUAUGGGAGGUCCCACCAGACUGUGAUAACAGACUUUGGCUUUUCAUCCUUCUGAGCUGCGUGGGAUCAGUUUUGUACAACCUGGCCAGCUUUUGCGUCAUCACAUUUACAUCUGCGGUUACCAUACACGUGCUUGGUAAUUUAAAUAUUGUUGGGAACCUUGUGUUGUCUCGUGUCCUUUUCGGAAGUCAUCUGACAGUACUUAGCUACAUGGGAAUAGGCCUUACCCUGGCAGGAAUGUUUAUGUAUCAUAACUGUGAUCUGAUAUCUGAACAUUUUGCUUAUGGGAAACAUCUUCGUGCUACAGAAAGACAUACCAAAUCUGAGUGAACUCUCCAAAGAUGCCAAAGUAGAAGCUGAUUUUUUUGAGGCCCUGGUAUGAACAUAACUACAAAAGCACAAUACUAAUGACAGGGAAAUCACUGGUCUAGUAGGCAUCAAUGACUACGUGUUUCUUUCAAGAAACGGUAUAAUCUAGUACUAGUAUCUUUUAGAUAACUCUGGUUCUUCAGAGGACUAACGCAUUUUGAUAUUGGCUCUACUUGCAAUAUUGUUCAUUGUCUAUUUGCCAUUGUUAGAACUGAUAAAAAGAGUACAGGGUAGGUGUUAACAUUUCAGUGGUACAAAACACCAUAGGCUGGAUGUGUCUUAUUUAUGAAAAAAAACAGUAAUGAAUAUUAACUAAAUUGCAAAAUUGCUCCAGUGCCAUUACUUAUGGCAACUGUUCAGAGCUUUGCUUUUGUAAUCUAAAGCUGGCCAUAGACACACAGAUCCUAUCGUACGAAUCAAGGAUUCGUACGAUUUUUGGAUCGUGUGUGGAGAGUGCCAUACGGCCGAACAUUCAGAUUACCCCCAAUAUAGACAUGCUCGUUAAUGGCAUAUCGGGGAAAGAUCCGCUCGUUUGGCGAUGUCGCCAAACGAGCGGAUCUUUGCGUUUAUGGCCUCCUUAAGUUGUAGUAGACAUUCGUCUGAUGAAAACUAAAUCUUGAUUGGUUGCUAUAGGUGCAAGUACAAGUACAAAUCUCCUAGUCACCAGCUAACUACACAAGCACUGCUGUACCAGUUUUUGUAUCCUGUGCAGUUGUACAACAUAUGAGCACAGUAAUUCUAGCAACUACCUAGUGUUAACAUUCAGUCACCAUUUCCAAAACAGUCACAGUGCAAAGUGCUUAGCAUGUAAUAGUUGUUUUAGUUCCUUGUGAAAGAGUUUGCAACUAUAUGCAGAAUGCUGAAUAACCCUUUAUUAAAGCCCUGGUACACAAGCAAUGGGGUCUACGCAAGGGGCUUGCUGUACCAGACAUGAAGGUUGCCUGCCUCUGGUUUAUAUUACAGAAUAAUUUCCACUGGAACUGUUUUAAUCAUAUAUUGUGGUGCCAAAAUGCCCCUAUAUGUGUAAUAUGUGUAAUAUGUCAAGGAAUAUAUAACAAAGUGCUUAAAAGUGCUCUGUGUGAUUUACAGUAAUGUGAUUUACAGUAAGUUCCAAUUGUGUGUUUAAAUGUAUUCUACCAAGUUUGACCCAAACACUUUCAAAACUAACUGGGUAGAGAUAGGUUUGAUGCUGGUGUUGCUGCUAAGUGUCCUAUUUAUUUAAUUGCCUGUUAGCUGUUGCCAUGCCUUGUCAUCUUAUCUGCUUAUGUCCUAAAAUUCUUAAAGGACAGUGAAAUGCCAAAAAUGUGAUGGGUGGGUGGUGUGCAACUUGUUGCUAACUUGAAAUCCUGGGCUGUUACACCACUUAAAAAUAUGCAAUACUGUUCUUUAGCACCCGGCCAUGGCAUUAUUUAGUGUGUAUAUGCUGAGCCUAGGGUGCUGUCACUGCUGUGUUGAAUUAUGGGUAAGGUAGCAAGAUGGCACAGCCACGCCUCUACAGAAUUGUUCCUGGGCUGUUAUAUUUUUUAGAAGAGGUGCACCAUCUAGGGAAUUCGGGUUAGCAAAUCAGGUCAACAGAGGGCCACAUUUCUGGCCUUUCAUUUACCUUUAACUAACCAUAUGAAGAAAUAAGUCUAACAAUACAUAUCUACUAGAUUUCUGUGUUCAGUCAAAUGUGCAACAUAAACUACUUACCCUGGACUGGAAGUACAACUGAAUCUAUACCACUGGAAUAUUAAUAUCAAAGCACCCAGCCCUCAAUUUUAUUCACAUAAAAGAUUUAGUUUUUUAAUUGCAUGUGCUGCAUUACCAUGCACCCUUAGUGGAAGCAAAGUAGUAAUACAUUUAAAGUAUGCAUUAGAACAGGAUUCCAUGCCACCAACAGAGACCAUAUGUUCUCAAACUGUUGAUAUUGGUGCCAUAUUGGAUGACUGAUACAUCUCUUAGUUUAUUCUUGUCAUAAUGUAAAGAGAGCCAUAAAAGAUAUGCAUUAUUCUGUCAGCAAUUUAUAAAAGAUAUACUGUAUAUCUCUCAGCCGUUGCAAUUAUAGCGUUAAUUAAAUCCAGAGUAACAAAGCAGGAGAGGAGACAUGAAGCAAUAAAGCCAGAGGGAGGCUUGAAACCGAUCUAACAUGUUUAGAUUCAUGUCUAACUGCCAGCCUUCUAUCUUCUGAACAGUUUGCUCCAUAUGAUGCCUAAAUCAAGUUUUGCCACAUUCUUUAAGAUUACCCUGCCAGUCCUGGGAUAUAUGAAUGUGCCUAUGCUGAUUGUUGAGAAACUAAAAUUAUGUUUUGUUUGUACUAUUUUUUAAUUGCUAUUAGACAAUAUAUGAAAGGGACAGCUCCAAAUGUAGGACAUUUAUUUUGAUCAUAGACCAUUAUUUGUUUUUGUAUUGAGUGCCCAAUUUAUGUUUUCCCUUGCUGCAGAGGUAGGGCCAGAGUUGCUUUGUAAACAUGUUUUUUCUUCUUUUUAUUGAAUUUAACAGGGACAAGUGGUUAAGGUGGCCAUACACGGGCUGA